AUAUUGGAGCAGCACAACCAGUCCAGCAUUGCUUCACAAACACCAUGGGAGAACGCAGGGCCGCACUCAAACAUGUUUUUUGUACAAAUGUCAUUCUUCUGUUGAAUCUGCAUCUUGGUGUCGCUGCACAGUUAUGCAACUUGGAUGUAAAGAUCAAAGGGGGAGAUGUCAUUCUUCCGGGUAACCCGAUUCCAGGAAGCAUACUGCAUUAUGUCUGCCCUGAUGGGGCAUAUCCGUAUCCUGUCGCAUGGCGAGUGUGUCAGAGGGAUGGCAGCUGGACACCACUACUCAGUGACUCUCGAGAACAUUCAAGAUUAGCUAGUUGUAACCCUAUGACGUGUGUGCAACCUCUGGAGUUUGAAAACGGUGAAUUCUACCCCAGAAAGUCAGUCUACAAGGUUGGAGAUAAAAUACAGUUCUCCUGCUACAGCGGGUUCAGAGUGUAUGGCUCCUCGUUUUUAUCCUGCCAGCCGAACGGGAAAUGGAAUGGUUCACUGCCAAUAUGUGACGAUGAUGCGGCAUUUUGUCAUAACCCAGGUAUUCCUUUUGGAUCACGCAAGUCUGGUAAAGAUUACAACUUAGAGGGUGUGGUGACCUACACAUGUCCGGCAAAUCUCAUUCCUUCAGGAACUUUGAAAAGGGUAUGUCUGUCAAACCACCAGUGGUCUGGGAAAGAACCGUCAUGUGAAAGCAGAUACAGCUUUGAUACUGCAGAGGAUAUUGAGGAAGCUCUGAACAAUACCAUGCUUUCACUACUUCAUCGCCAAGGUAACACUGAAGAAAAACUCAAUGUUUAUCUCCUGAUUGAUGCAUCUCAAAGUGUGGGAAAAGACAAUUUUCAACUUGGCGUGGGUUUCCUGAUGAAUCUAAUUCUAAAGAUGUCAAAUUAUGCGAUACAAGCAAAAUAUGCCAUUGUGGUAUUUGCGUCUCAAGCAAAGACAAAACUUGCAUUGACUGAAAAAGCAAAUCAAGAUCCAAAGGCUGUCAUUAACAUUCUGAAAGAGCUGAGCUACAGUGAAUUUGAAGAAAGCCCUGGUACCAAUACUGGAGAAGCACUUCUGCAAGUGGUGGCAUUAAUCAAUUCAUACAAACAACAACAACAACACCUUCCAAUACCGUGGAAUCAAAAUAAACAUAUCUCAUUUAUUGUCACAGACGGCCGCUCCAAUAUGGGACCACCUCCCAAGAUUGUUAUGAAUGAGAAGUUUGCGGACAUUCCCAUGGAUAUUUACACGUUUGGAAUUGGAAAUGUCUACAAGGAAGAGCUCGUGUCAAUUGCUUCCCAGAAGAAGGGUGAACGGCAUUCAUUUAUGUUGCUGAAUUACAGAGAGCUUCAGAAAAUUGGGAUUGUUAAUACAGAUAAAACAUUAUACUACAAAUGUGGUAUUGCAACAUAUCAUGAACUCUUCAGAUUAUCUCGGAUCUUUAAUGGAAAAGCCACAAAUAUUACAGAAUGGCCCUGGCAUGUCCGAAUACAAAUAGGAGAGCAUCAUUCCUGUGGAGGAACCAUCAUUUCACCUCAUUGGAUAAUGACAGCAGCACACUGUUUUUCAAUGAUUCCUCCUGAUGGGGAUAUCUCUCGACGAGUGAGCGUCUUCAUAGGUUCACAUUUACCAUCUGGUGGAGAACACAGAAGUGUGAAGCGAGUGUUGAUACAUGACAAAUAUAAUGAACGGGCUAUGCAACGAGAAUUACCAGGAUCUGAGUUUUAUGAUUAUGAUAUAGCCAUCUUGGAACUUCAUCAUCAUUUGACAUUUGGAGAUACAAAACAGCCUGUUUGCUUACCAUGCACCAAAGAUUCAGCUGAAAUAUUAAAAUUAGAAGGAACCGUUUGGAAAGACUGGGAAGAGUUUUGCCACAAACACACUGCUCAACAAAUAUUGACUGAAAACGGAGAAGGAAUCAUUACAGGGUUUGGAAUGGUUAAUGCAACUGCAAUACCUACACAACUUCAACAGGCCACCAUUCAACUUAAAGACAACUCUGCUUGUUUAGAAGAAUUUGUGAAAUUCCAUAGACCUUUCAGCGCAGACACACUCAAAACAUUUAUAACAAAAAAUAUGCUGUGUGCUGGCGGUACUGGAGCUGAUGCCUGUAAAGGCGAUUCUGGAGGACCAUUUAUUGUGAAAAGAUCGGAGCGUUGGAUUCAGAUUGGUGUUGUAAGCUGGGGAGUUACUCCAAUCUGUGGUGGUGGACAAAGGAAUGGCUUAUACACAAAUGUUGUACAGAUGAUGCAGUGGAUUAAAUCACAUGUCUAUGAUAUCGAUUUUAGAGCAAAUGGGCAAGUUUUAUAACACCAAAUAGUAACAUAUCUGGUGUGGACCAAUCCGUUUCAAAGACGAUGCAUAUAUUAUCAGAGUACGUUUUUUGUUUGCAUUCUGACCACAAUUAUUGUGGUUAAUGCAGACAUGAUUCCUUAUAACACCUGUUUUGUUGCCAGAAAAAAAGGGGAAAAUCUAUUCUCAGUAACUGAUCAUUAUCUUAAACCAACAGAAUAACCUCAACUCAUAAAAAAUUAACCCGUAAAAGUUUUUCACUAUAAAUCCUUUAUAUGCGUGGCGGCUAGAGUCCUCUCGUCCUCUGGCUUGAGAUGGCUGCCACCUAUGGGUCAGAUGAUUGCCUGCCACCAUUAAGCAAUUGGUAAUUAAAUAUAAUUUUUAAAAUCCUAAAAAGUGUAACAUUUUGGAUUUUCUUUUCACGAAAAUAAAUUGUCACGCACAACGGGUCUGUGUGCAAAAUGUCAGCUCGAUUGGAUCACGGGAAGUGGGUUAAAAAACGACUGAAAGAUUUGCACGGUCGUAAGCGCGCAAGCAAGUGAACUUAAUAUAAAGGAUUUAAAAAUAGACUGUAAUACAAGGACUACAGUAUAUUAAUUUCAAUGUUUACUCUGAAAUGAAAGCCUUACCAUGUGUUAAAGUGUUGUCCUUAUAUAUGUAUUGCUGUUUUUUUCCACUUUUCCCUCUAAAUGAGAGAAGUUAUUAAGUUAGCUGCACAACAGAGUGAUGGUUGUUAUGUGUCAUUAAAACUGCUGAUUUACGCACUAACCUUGCAUCACUGGCAAAUAUUUCAAUCACAGUCAUCAAAUGUGAAAUUAAGAUUGUGUAGGAAGAGUGUAUAAAUGCAUGUUGAAACUGUUAUGAUGAAGGGAAAUUUAAUUGCGAUUUAAUCACGGAUGAUACAAUUUACAUAUUGCAAUUUUGGCAGGAAAUAAUGGCCAAAAGCUGUGUUUUUCAGAAUUAUAGCCCCCAACUAUCGAGUGUUGAUUGGGAAAUCUGGGAGUUGGAGUUUUACAUCCUGAACAGAUUACUAUCAGCAGGUUUGGCUUUGUUGGUUUUUUAAUGCUCUGCCUCCCCAUGUGAAGGGCUGUGAUCAUUUUUGGAAGCGCACUGGCAUUACCAGCCACUCUGCGUCUCAGAUGAGAUUAUGUUGUGGUCUUUGAGAGAUAUUUAAGCACUGACUGCAAACCCUUAUUUUUGCUGGGAAGUCAUGCCAGAAGAAAUUUCAGCCAUUCUCAAUCUACCAGUGGAUCUAGGCCACCCCGCACCAUGUUAUUCAGGGUCAGUGCUGGUUAGUGAAAAGGGGGAGGGCAGGACCAGUUCUCGUAUAUUUCCACUGAUAGCCAUGGCCAGGAAUCAAACUUGAGUCACCGGAUUCUUAGCAUAGCGCAUUAACCAAUGGACAACCACUCUACGCUUUUCACUCGUAUAUGAUUACAUAAAGCGUAUGAUUAUGGCUGUGGCUCAUUAUGUAUAUAUAUCUGUGCGGACAGCGGCUCUGUCAUUUCUGAUCAAGCCCUGUGAGGCGUUGCCAGGGUUGUGCAUCUGUGAUGUCGUGGAUGUAAUGCUCUGGAUGCAAAUUUGUGGGUGUGCAGCUGUGGGUGUUCUGAUAUUGGUGAUGCUGUG